CUGUGGUUUCAGUAAAUGCAGACACUGUUCAGCUCCAGCCCCAUAAACCUCUCUGCUCUAGGUCUUCUCCGCCCUCUGGUGAAAGCUACUGCUCACCCCUGCAGUCACCACCUGUUCGGGCGGAACCUGCGGAGCUUGCGCCUCGGGCUCCUUCUUUCCUGCUGGGCACCCUGCUUUCCCUCUCCCAGAGAGGGUUUGCAACUUUUCUCCCAGGCUGGGGCUCGCCCUGCUUGGCUAACCCCCAAGAGCCACUGCCUUCCCGCAGCGCCCCUGUCCCGGAGUUGCCUGCCCCGCUGGGCCCCCGGGGAGGAGCCGAGCGCGCUCACCCUUCGCCCCGGGCUGGGGGGGCGGCGAGUCGGGCGCACGCGCACCCCCUGCCCGCCCCUGGCGCCCCUCCCUGCGGGCGGCGCAGCUCCCCCUGCAGCGCCUCCCCUAGCUAGGAGGGAGCGGGAGGGGGCUCCCAGCGCCGCGCAGCAGACCUGCUCCGGCCGCACGCCUCGCCGCUGCCCUCCGGGAGUGGCAGCAGUAGCCCGGGCGGCGUGGGCUGGGGGUUCCCCGAGACUCUCAGAGGGUCUCCUCCCAUCGGCGCCCACCACCCCAACCUGUUCCUCGCGCGCCACUGCGCCGCGCCCCAGGACCCCCUGCUCAACAUGGAUUUUCUCCUGGCGCUGGUGCUGGUGUCCUCGCUCUACCUGCAGGCGGCCGCCGAGUUCGACGGGAGCUGUGUGCCAACCACGAUGCAAACAUGGUGACUGUAUUGGGCCAAACAAGUGCAAGUGUCAUCCUGGAUAUGCUGGAAAAACCUGCAAUCAAGACGAGCACAUCCCAACGCCUCUUGACCAAGGCAGUGAACAGCCUCUUUUCCAACCCCUGGAUCACCAAGCUACAAGUUUGCCUUCAAGGGAUCUAAAUGAGUGUGGCCUGAAGCCUCGGCCCUGUAAGCACAGGUGCAUGAACACUUAUGGCAGCUACAAGUGCUACUGUCUCAACGGAUAUAUGCUCAUGCCGGAUGGUUCCUGCUCAAGUGCCCUGACCUGCUCCAUGGCAAACUGUCAGUAUGGCUGUGAUGUUGUUAAAGGACAAAUACGGUGCCAGUGCCCCUCCCCUGGCCUGCAGCUGGCUCCUGAUGGGAGGACCUGUGUAGAUGUUGAUGAAUGUGCUACAGGAAGAUCCUCCUGCCCUAGGUUUAGGCAAUGUGUCAACACUUUUGGGAGCUACAUCUGCAAGUGUCAUAAAGGCUUCGAUCUCAUGUAUAUUGGAGGCAAAUACCAAUGUCAUGACAUAGAUGAAUGCUCACUUGGUCAGUAUCAGUGCAGCAGCUUUGCUCGAUGUUAUAACAUACAUGGGUCCUACAAGUGCAAAUGUAAAGAAGGAUACCAGGGCGAUGGACUGACUUGUGUGUAUAUCCCAAAAGUUAUGAUUGAACCUUCGGGUCCAAUUCAUGUACCAAAGGGAAAUGGUACCAUUUUAAAAGGUGACGGAGGACAUAAUAAUAGGAUUCCUGAUGUUGGAAGUACUUGGUGGCCUCCGAAGACAGCAUAUAUUCCUCCUAUCAUUACCAACAGGCCUACUUCUAAGCCGACAACAAGACCUACACCAAAGCCAACACCACUUCCUACACCACCACCACCCCAGCCAACAGAGCUCAGAACACCUCUACCAGCUACAACCCCAGAAAGGCCAACCACCAGACUGACAACUAUAGCGCCAGCUGCCAGUACACCUCCAGGAGGGAUUACAGUUGACAACAGGGUACAGAUAGAUCCUCAGAAACCCAGAGGAGAUGUGUUCAUUCCACGGCAACCUUCAAAUGACUUGUUUGAAAUAUUUGAAAUAGAAAGAGGAGUCAGUGCGGACGAUGAAGCAAAGGAUGAUCCAGGUGUUCUGGUACACAGUUGUAAUUUUGACCAUGGACUUUGUGGAUGGAUCAGGGAGAAAGACAAUGAUUUGCACUGGGAACCAAUCAGGGACCCAGCAGGUGGACAGUAUCUGACAGUGUCGGCAGCCAAAGCCCCAGGGGGAAAAGCUGCACGCUUGGUGCUACCUCUCGGCCGCCUCAUGCAUUCAGGGGACCUGUGCCUAUCGUUCAGGCACAAGGUGACGGGGUUGCACUCUGGCACACUCCAGGUGUUUGUGAGAAAACACAGUGCCCACGGAGCAGCCCUGUGGGGAAGAAAUGGUGGCCAUGGCUGGAGGCAGACACAGAUCACCUUGCGAGGGGCUGACAUCAAGAGCGUCAUCUUCAAAGGUGAAAAAAGGCGUGGUCACACUGGGGAGAUUGGAUUGGAUGAUGUGAGCUUGAAAAAAGGCCCCUGCUCUGAAGAACGCUAACAACUCCAGAACCAGCAAUGAACUCCUAUGUUGCUCCAUCCUCUUUUUCCAAUUCCUAUCUUCUCUCCUCUUCUCCCUUUUGUCAGGCCUAGGAGAAGAGUGGGUCAGUGGGUCAGGAGGAAGUCUAUUUGGUGACCCAGGUUUUGCUGGCCUGCUUUUGUGCAAUCCCAAUGAACAGUGACACCCCCCUUGAAAUACAGGGGCAUCAUAGACACAUCAAAGCCAUCUGUGGGUGUUGCCUUCCAUCCUGUGUCUCUUUCAGGAAGGCCUUCAGCAUGCGUGACCCAUACCAUCCUCCAUCCUGAUUACAAGGUGCUCCUAGUAGCAAAUUAUGGGAGUGAGUUAUGGGAGCAGUUUUUAAACAAAAUCUUUGCAAAUGGCUAUGAUGUUAUCUGUUCGGUGUUGUACCAUGAGUAGUAUUGACUUCCCUUGAGAUAUGAUGUAUAAUGUGCUUGUGAAAUUGACUUACCCUCUUCACUUAAGUUAGUUCUGGCCUGACCUGAACUCUGACUUUUACUGCCACUCACUUUAUAAAAUAAGGGUGUGUAAUAUAUCAAGAUACAUUUAUUUUUAUCUGUUUUUUUUUUCUGUUAAAGACAAUUAUGUAGAGUGGACACAUAAUCCCUCAUUAGUAGUAUUGUGUUUUAUGUAAAUGUGCUAUUGAUAUUAAGUAUUUACGUGUUCCAAAUAUUUACAGACUCCAGUUGCAAGGUAAAGGGCAGCUUGUGAUCUCAAGUUAAAAAAUACAUGGUGAAAUGUCAUCCAGUUCCAUGACCUUAUAUUGGCAGCAGUAGGAAAUUGGCAGAAGUGUUGGGUUGUGGUAGCAGAGUGAUGAAAUUUUUUUUUUUUAAUGGCCUUGAGUUUGAUCUCUGCAAAGGAUAGGAAACCUUUAGGAAGACAAGAAACUGCAGUUAAUACAUAAAACUCUCACUGUUCCAAGUUACACUUUAAAACUACAGCUUUUACCAUCAUAACAUGGCUCUCUCUGGUAAUAUGUAGGAAGCUUUAUAAAAGUUUUGGUUGAUUCAGAAAAAGGAUCCUGUUUAUUAAAGCAGGGUGAGAGGAAGCAUUGGGAAAACUCCAUUGGAACAGAUUUUCACACAACAUUUGAAAUAGAUGAAAGUUUAGGCAGUUGUAGUUCAUAACUUCUGUUGCUUGUAGCUAUGUCAGGAUAGGAUAGGAAGCAAGUCUCAUGCUCAGAGGCAUGGGAUGUGUUGGAAUGGGAUUAACACACACUGGAGGAGCAGGGCAAGUUGGAAUUCUAAGAUCCAUGAACCCCCAACUGUAUUUCCUCCCUGCAUAUUUUUACCUAUAUAUUAAAAAACAAUGUACCUUUUAAAGGCAUUAUUCCUGAGGUUUUUCUUAAUUUCCUAUUAAGUAAUCAAAAUAUUUUCUGCUGUUUUUGCCAGGAAUCACAAAGAUGAUUAAAGGGUUGGAAAAAAAGAUCUAUGAUGAAAAAUUAAAGGAACUGGGAUGAUUCAGCCUGGAGAAGAGAAGACUGAGGGGCAAACCAUUGAUGGUUUUCAAGUAUAUGAAGGGUUGGCACAGAGAGGAUGGUGACCAGCUGUUCUCCAUGUGCACUAAGAAUAGAACAAAAGGAAACGGGCUUAGACUAGAGUAUAAGGGAGCAUUUCUUGGGGGCCAUUGUUAAAUUAGAAUACUUCAUAAAAAAAAGAAGCAUGAAAAUCUCAGUAUCUCUCUUUCUCCUUUUAAAAAAUUAGAUAAAAAUUUAUCUAUUUAAGAUGGUUAAAGAUGUUCUUACACCAAGGUAAAGUAACAAAUUAUAGAAUUUCCCAAAAGAUGUUUUGAUCCUACUAGUAGUAUACAAUGAAAAUCUUUAGAACUAAGUAAUCUGGACAAGGCUUAAUUUGGGCAUUUCCCCUUGACCUCCUGAUGGAGAGGGAUUGAAAGGCAAAGAGCCCACCAAAUGCUGAGCUCACUGAAAUGUCUCUCCCUUAUGGCAAUCCUAGCAGUAUUGAAGAAAAAAGGAAACUAUUUAUUCCAAAUGAGAGUAUGAUGGACAGAUAUUUUAGUAUCUCAGUAAUGUCCUAGUGUGGUGGUAGUUUUAAAUGUUUCUUCAUGGUAAAGGUGUAAACCUUUCAUUUGUUCAAUGGAUGAUGUUUCCGAUUUUUUUUUUUUAAGAGAUCCUUCAAGGAACACAGUUCAGAGAGAUUUUCAUCUGGUGCAUUCUCUCUGCUUCAUGUGUGACAAGUUACUUGGCUGCUGAGAAAGAGUGCCCUGCCCCACACCGGCAGACCUUUCCUUCACCUUAUCAGUAUGAUUCAGUUUCCCUUACUAAUUGGACUCUCCCAGGUUCCACAGAACAGUAAUAUUUUUUGAACAAUAGGUACAAUAAAAGGUCUUUUGUCAUUUAACCUGGUAAAGGCAGGGCUGGAGGGGGGAAAAUAAAUCAUUAAGCCUUUGAGUAACGGCAGAAUAUAUGGCUGUAGAUCCAUUUUUAAUGAUUCAUUUCCUUUAUGGUCAUAUAACUGCACAACUGAAGGUGAAAGGGGAAAAUAAAUGAAAAUUUUACUUUUUGGUGCCAAUGAUGCAUUGCACUAAACUGAUGGAAGAAGUUAUCCAAAGUACUGUAUAACAUCUUGUUUAUUAUUUAAUGUUUUCUAAAGUAAAAAAUGUUAGUGGUUUUCCAAAUGGCCAAAUAAAAACAAUUCUUUGUAAAUAAAAACACUGUUAGUAAUA